ACAACAGAGUAUCAAGAUGUCUAUUAUUGCUGUUAAGAAGAUACCAUUUCGUUGUUCGUUGCCAAAUUUGGUGAAAAUGGUAGCGAAGAUAAUUAAAGGGCAGUUUGAAGCGUUGAAUUUCGCAAAUGACAAGCAUGGAGAAAAACUAUGUUACCUUCGAUUGUCGGAGAGGUUAGACCCUCAGCAAGUUGUGGAGCGCAUCCAAACGAUGACUAAAUUCGGUGCUUUUAUACCCGAUCAUGUACCAGAUCUUCCAUUGGCAUCAAAGCGUGGUAGGAUACCGUUUAAGUUGCGACGCUCUCUCAAAAUACAAAAAGAAACAAAACCUGAAGACGUUUUAGUAAUCACCCAUAACGAGAUCCUCACAGAGAUGCAGAGCAAAUAUACUGGCUUGUACAAUCUUAGCAAGAAAAUCGGGCAUAAACUUCUGGACAGUAUUGCACAGACCAUCUUCCAGCGUCUCAAGCACAUAUUGGAAACCAAUGAGGAGAGUCUCGUAUCGGGUUUCAUGUUGAGCAAGUACUACCGCAAGCUGCAUCCGCACUUUGGGGACUUCCAAUUAAUUCUCUCGACAUUGCAUAAGCUGCAAGAUGCAACAGGUGUCCCUCGAGCUCAGUUAUCUGAAAGUGAACUUAUUGCUGUUGGUUCUCAGCCUUCUGUGGUGGACAACAUUCCGUUUGACAAAAUUCAGUCCGCUUGCAUGAAAUAUUCAGAUAAAAUUAUUGCUAAGGUAACGGAGCAUGUAAAUAGCCUGAAUACGGACACGGCGGACGGUGACACAGAAGAGGAUUUAGCGAGGAAGAGAGUUCGAGAAGAACUUAAAAAAAUUUCUCCUUAUUUACCCAUGAUCAUCAAGCAAGUGGUGUCAAGUCACUUCAUCCCUCAAAAAACGCCCUACCUUAAAGUUAGGAUAUACGGCGAGCCGUUCCUUCCGACGAAGGAACAGAUGUCUCCUUUCGUGAAACGGUACCACGCGGUGAAGAUAAUGAGAUCGGACCGGAUGUUCAAUAUACUGCGAUUCAACGUGCCCUUGCAGCAUUAUGGGACAUUGCUUGCUAUGGACGGGACUGUCGUAGGAGGCGCAAAACUGACAAUCCGGUCAUCAGACGUACCGUUAUACAAGCCAAAUGAUGCCCUUAUAGCGCAAAUGAAAGCUGUCUUCGGGGUGGCCCAUGAGCCGGGUGACCAGUCGUGCUUGGCCGAUGAUGAUUGGGCAGAAGACGCUGCAGAGUGAAACAGACAGGGGUCUUAUUUAAUAAUUCAGUAUUCAAGCGAAUACUUAUCUUAAGUAACACGAGAAGACGACAAGCUGACUGUUUUUUUUUUUCAGUUAGAUAUAUAGAAGAAUGUAAAAGAAUAAGUUCUAAUUGAAAGUGUGACCAAUACAAGCGAAAAUAAAACAUUUAAGCGGUGAUACUUGUUACGUCAUCGAAGUUUGCUUGGAAGGGAACAUCGAAGGAAAGAGAAAGACCUGGACUAGACCAUAAUAUAAAUAAGUUGUUGCCUGUCUCCGUAGCCGAAGGGUUAUAAGUUGGCGAAAUAUUAUUUCUAUAGUGUUUUUUUUUUUGAAGACUGAGUCAAAUGACAGUUUAUAGCGCAAUAGUGUUGCCCGCUUACGAGCAGCUAGUGUUUGCAGUCGAUAAAUAACCUAUCGGCUGAAUAUUGGUCACGCUUAUGGAAUAAAUAGCCAAACUUGUUUCAUUUGAAUCAUCCUCGACCUAUUAUUUCAUCCAAUUACAGAGCACAAGUUCAUUUGAAUUGUCAAUUUUUGUAAGUUCAUA